GCUUGGUCCAAAGUAGCGAGCUGGUUCAGUGCAGAAUCCACAAUGCAAAGGGACACCCAGCCAUGCCACAGGAAGGUUAUUAACCCUGUGUGUUCCAAAAGGACCUGGAAGAAGCGUUGGUUCAUUCUACGUAGUGGACGGAUGAGUGGAGACCCUGAUGUCUUGGAGUACUACAAAAAUGAUCAUUCUAAAAAACCAAUCCGUGUGAUAGAUCUUCAUUUCUGUGAGCAGGUCGAUGCAGGACUAACAUUCAAAAAGAAAGAGUUUCAAGACAGCUUUGUAUUUGACAUCAAGACAAUUGACCGUACCUUUUAUCUGGUGGCAGAAACUGAGGAAGAAAUGAACAAGUGGGUCCGAUCCAUUUGCCAGAUCUGUGGAUUCAAUCAAUCUGAUGAGAAUGCAGGUAACAAAAUACACAACACUGAAAUCUUUUAAUGCAACACUUGCUAGUUAUUCUGCAUGAUCUCUGUUUCCCACUUGGCAAAUACAUGUUU